ACAAGCACCAGGGCCCCGGCGUGACAUUCACCGGGUUGUCUGAGUCGGGGGUUGUAUAAAGAAGGAAGAAUACGACCACGCUUUGCUCGACCAAGCAGUCGUCAACAUGAGAGUAUUAAAAGCGGGCUUGUGUUUGGCAAAAACGCAUCUUUUGGCGCCAGGAUGCGUCACUCUUAAAAAGGUGCUCAUCAACAGCUGUCGGACAUGCUCCUCUGGUUUCUUUCCCAACGAGAGGAUCCGCAACAUCGGGAUCUCAGCUCACAUCGACUCAGGGAAGACCACCCUGACCGAGCGUGUCCUCUAUUACACCGGCAAAAUAGCACAUAUUCACGAGGUGAAGGGGAAGGACGGUGUAGGAGCCACUAUGGACUCCAUGGAGCUGGAGAGACAGAGAGGCAUCACCAUCCAGUCCGCUGCUACAUACACUGUGUGGAAGAAUCACAACAUAAACAUCAUUGACACACCAGGUCACGUGGACUUUACCAUCGAAGUGGAGCGAGCGCUGCGGGUGCUGGAUGGAGCCGUGCUGGUCCUGUGUGCGGUGGGGGGCGUCCAGUGUCAGACCAUGACGGUGAACAGACAGAUGAAGCGCUACAACGUCCCCUUCCUCACCUUCAUCAACAAGCUGGACCGCAUGGGCGCCAACCCCAGCCGAGCCUUGCAACAGAUGAGAACCAAGCUGAACCACAACGCGGCCUUCGUGAGCAUCCCCGUCGGCCUGGAGGGGAACACACGCGGCAUCAUCGACCUGGUAGAGGAGCGCACCAUGUAUUUCGAAGGACCUUUUGGUGAAAAUAUCCGCUACGAUGAGAUCCCAGCAGAUUUCCGCGCUGAGGCUGCGGACCGGAGGCAGGAGCUGGUGGAGUGUGUGGCCAACGCUGAUGAAGCCUUGGGAGAGAUGUUCUUAGAGGAAAAGAUUCCAACCAAUGACGACCUGAAGGCCGCAAUCCGCAGGGCCACAGUGCAGCGUCUCUUCACACCGGUGUUGGUGGGCACAGCGUUGAAGAACAAGGGCGUCCAGGCUCUACUGGACGCUGUCCUGGAUUACUUGCCAAACCCCACUGAAGUCAAAAACUAUGCGAUCCUCAAUGACGAAGUUGUCAGCGAAACAUCAAAGAUUCAAAUGGACGCGACAAGAGACUCUACACACCCGUAUGUUGGUCUGGCCUUCAAACUAGAGGCAGGGAGGUUUGGCCAGCUAACGUAUGUGCGGGUGUACCAGGGCUGUCUGAAGAAGGGCGAGUACAUCUACAACACGCGCACCAGCAAGAAAGUCAGAGUUCAGAGGCUCGUGCGUCUCCACGCUGACCAGUUGGAGGACGUGGAUGAGGUUUAUGCAGGAGAUAUCUGUGCUCUGUUUGGGAUAGACUGCGCCAGCGGAGACACUUUUACAUCCAGGACCAGCGCUAACCUCUCUAUGGAGUCAAUUCACGUCCCAGAGCCUGUCAUUUCCAUGUCAAUGAAGCCGGCCAACAAGAAUGACCUGGAUAAAUUCUCCAAAGGUAUUAACCGGUUCACCAGGGAAGACCCAACUUUUAGAGUGCAUUUUGACACCGAGAGCAAAGAAACCAUCAUCUCGGGAAUGGGAGAGCUGCAUCUUGAAAUCUACUCACAGAGGAUGGAGAGGGAAUACAACUGUCUCUGUGUGAUGGGGAAACCCAAAGUAGCUUUCAGAGAGUCGAUCACCAGCCCUGUACAGUUUGACUUCACGCACAAGAAGCAGAGCGGCGGCUCUGGUCAGUACGGUAAAGUUAUCGGAGUCCUUGAGCCUCUUGAGCCAGAGCAUCACACCAAGCUGGAGUUUGAAGACCAGACUGUUGGAACCAACAUCCCGAAGCAGUUUGUACCAGCUGUUGAAAAGGGCUUCAGGGAGGCCUGUGAGAAGGGGCCCCUGAGCGGGCACAAGAUCUCAGGAGUCCGGUUCCUCCUGGAAGAUGGAGCGAAUCACAUGGUGGACUCCAACGAGAUCUCCUUCAUCCGUGCAGGAGAGGGCGCUCUAAAACAAGCGAUGGAGAAAGCCAACACGACCAUCCUGGAGCCAAUCAUGUCUGUGGAAAUCGUUGCACCGCAGGAGUUCCAGGGGACGGUCAUUGCUGGUGUAAACCGGCGGCAUGGUGUCAUCUCAGGACAGGACGGAGCUGAGGGAUACUUCACUCUGUACGCUGAUGUUCCACUAAACGAUAUGUUUGGUUACGCCACAGAACUACGCUCUUGUACUGAAGGAAAAGGGGAGUACACCAUGGACUUCAGCAGAUACCAGCCCUGCCUGCCAGCCUCGCAAGAGGAACUCGUCCACAAAUACUUGGAGGCAACAGGACAGCUGCCCGCAAAGAAGAACAAGUGGAAGGGCUGAACACUGUCAGAUCUACCCAAAUGUAUACUGCAGGACUUUGACCACCGUCCCUCAUCUUCACACACAUUUCUGCACAUCAUCAUCCGUGACAAUCGGGCUUUAAUUUGUGGAGCCGUGAAAAAACUUGUUUUGUAGUUUGAGCAACUUUUCUCCCUCAUGCCUGACCCCUCUAAAAAAAACUAUUUAUUACUUUGAUUUUAGCAGCAUUUGAUCUUGUUAAAGAGGAAAGCUCAGUGGUUUGACUUGAGCUUAUAAUGGCUUUUGUACUAUGUACAGAAUGGUCAUGAUGUAAUAAUGGCUGCAACAAAGAGAUAUAUAUAUAUAUAUAUACCCGUCUUUUAAAGUGUAGUUCUGUGCAGAUAAUUUGUGUCUCAACAACAAACGCCUGAUUCGUCUUGUUCAGCAGCAUUCUGUGUGGCAGUUUUUGGAUAUUUCACAUUAACAACGCAAUUGAUCAGCUACAAAACACCAGGAAAAAAGACUAUUACAAACCAAAGUCACCUGUCCAAAGAUCUCGGUUGCCUCCACCGUCUCUGGAACGCUGUUGGGAUGAGCCGUCGUGUCCGCGGAGUCAGCUUUAGGACUGAUCGUUACACCGGGGCUCCCAGUUACCCCAGUUAGCACAGCCAGAACCACGAUGAUCCUCAGACUCAUUAUAGGAGGCUGUAAAACACAGAUGCUAGAGAAAAGGGAAAAACACUUCUGUGAAAGAGCACAGGAAGGGAAAUGAGCCUCGUAUCAGUGUGGAGUUAUGUAACGGAGGAGGUGGGAGCAGAAAGUAGAGGCUGUCCAGAUCGUCCUGGCACAACCUGUUUAUUUUGUUCCCCUCUUAUCUAAACAAACUGCUCCACUCUAUCUGGUUCUGUUCUUCGUUCGCUGUCAUGCAACUCACUUAAGAUGUCGGCCGCUAAAUGUUUCAACGGCCUAAAGAGAAGACCUGAUUAGUUUAGGAACAGUUAUCCAAUUAGAGCAGCUGUGAUUACUAUGUGAGCUUGAUGGGUUGCAGCCUCGCCUGGUCCACAGUGUGCCAAAGAACAACGUAGCAGGACGCUCACCGAGCCAAAUUAAACAUGGUCUGGCAAUUUGGGGCCGUUAGGAUGCAAAACCUACACAGUUUUAAGAUUCAAGAUUAGAAAAGGAGUUCUGAAAACAUCCAUAAAAGUGGGCUGAUCACAGGAAAGGUUCUUAUAUUGU